AUGUCUGAAAGUACGCCACUGCUACCAAUCAACAAUGAACGCACUUCAAAGCCAACAUGGAAGCGCUACCGUUUAGACGUUUAUAUUCCAAUGGUUUUGAUUGCAAGUUUCUUCUUUACAGCCUUUCUCACUUUUGCUCUCAGAGUCAGACCGCAAUUAGGCGAUAUAGUUGCUCAAGGUACUGACUUUGAUUCAGAUGAGAUCAAGCUUCUGGGUGUGGACGAUGAUGGAGGCAUACUUUUGGAAGUGAAAGGGGCAAACUAUAAUAACUAUAGUCGUAUCGAGGAUCCUAUAAGUAGGGCUUACUUCAAAUUUGGAGGGUUUACAAUUCGGAAGCUCAACCUUGCUGUUGACGACCUAGAAAUGACGGUUUUCGAUGAAUCCAAGGGAGAUUAUAAGACUAUGGGGACUGUGCAAAUUGCUCCAUUUGGCGUGCGGAUCACCGAUACGACGCAAUCCGAUCUGACAUUAUUUGUCAAGGUAUAUCCCAAAGCCGAAGGCGUUUUGGGUGUGAUAAAGAGAAUCAUACUCUCGGGUAACUCAGAAUUACGGCUUCAAGGAAAUGCAAGCGUGAAGAUACUUGUUCUCAAUGGGUACAUCCCGGUGUCCAAUCUUAUUAUACCUUUAGACUUACUUAUCUGA